AUGGUCGCACCAUCGACUGAAUCUACAGUACCUUCCUUGAGCGAACACAAGGUAGUAAUUCCAAAACAUGUUGGUAGCAACAAGCCAGGAAUUCAAUAUCCUUCGUCAGAGAAGAGACCUGCUUUCUCACCCGAGUGGGUUAUCUCAGCGCCGUCAGGAUACAAGAUUUCAGAACAUUUGAUCGGCGAGCCACCGAUCAGCAAAGAACCAUUCCGGAUCCUGUGUAUAGGUGCUGGGGCAUCCGGGAUCGACUUUCUGCAUCAUGCUGUCACCUUGAAUGCGUUCCAGGGUCUCCAGGUUGAGGUCUUUUGCAAGCCAUCCUUAGUUUGGAUCGCUAUGGUUGAAAACUGGCUAAUAUACGAUAGGUAUCCCGGUUGUGCCUGUGACAUUCCCAGUGUCAGCUACCAGUUCUCCUGGAAACCAAAGUCCGAUUGGACGAGUUUCUACUCUGGCAGCAGGGAGAUCUGGCAGUAUAUGCGUGAUAUCGUUGACGAAGAGGAUCUAAUGAAAUAUAUUCAGCUGUCUACAGAGGUCACAAAUGCAGCUUGGAACGAGAAGAAGUCUCGGUGGGUGGUGCAAUCUCGCACCAAAGAAGACCGCAAGAUUCGAGAAGAGGAAUUUCAUUUUAUCGCUAACGCCUCGGGCUUUCUCAAUGCAUGGAAGUGGCCGGAUAUACCGGGGUUGCAUGAGUUCAAGGGCAAACUUUACCAUACUGCCACCUACGAUGAUUCUGUUGAUUUGAAAGGAAAACGUGUUGCUGUCAUUGGCAGUGGAAGUUCUGGAGUUCAGACGGUGGCAACCAUUUGCAAAGAUGUUGACAAGCUCUAUCACUGGGUCCGAAGUCCAAUCUGGGUGACAGCCGGUUAUGGAUCAAAAUAUGCAAGCGAUUCAGGCGAAAAUUUCGAUUAUUCGGAGGAACAAAAGGCCUCCUGGGGUAAGGACAAGGGUGAAUAUCUCAGGUACCGGAAGAUGGUGGAGAGAGAAUUGAAUAUCCGAUUCAAGUUCAUAUUGCGGAAUACCAAAGAGGCUCAAGAGGCGCUAGAAUACUCAUAUGAGGAGAUGUCAAGGAGGUUGUCGUAUGACCAGGAGUUGAUAUCACACAUCAUUCCUACGACUUUCAACGUCGGAUGCCGCCGUCCGACUCCUGGAACUGGAUAUCUCGAGGCUUUAACAUCUCCCAAAUCCAAAGUCUAUUUUGAGACGGUUCAUUCAAUCACCCCUGGAGGGUUCAAGCAAACAUCAAAUAGUGAAGAAGUACCAGUGGACGUCAUUAUCUGUGCGACAGGUUUCGACACGUCCUUCCGACCUCGAUAUCCGGUCAUUGGCUUGAACGGCACUAACAUCAGCGACCUUUGGCAGGACCAUGCCCUUGGGUAUAUCAGCACAGGCGUCCCAGACAUCCCAAACUACUUCACUUAUUUUGGACCUUACGGCCCAGUUGCUCAGGGCUCCCUUCUCCCCGUGGCUACUGCGCUCUCCCACAACUUGGUUGCCAUCAUCAAGAAGAUGCGCAUAGAGCACAUCAGGCGACUCUCGCCCAAACCAAGUGUUGUUGCGGAUUUCGGUGAACACGCUAAGACAUAUCAUAACCGUACUGCCUGGACAGACGGAUGCCGGAGCUGGUUCAAGCAAGGCCGGGUAGAUGCAAACCCAAUCGUUUGGCCGGGAACCCGACUACAUUACUUUGAUGUGCUAGCAUCCCCCAGGUUCGAAGAUUACGACAUUCAAUAUCUCAGUGGAAACAGAUGGGGAUGGCUAGGUAAUGGCUUUUCCACGAUCGAAUACAACGAUGGUGAUUUAACCUACUAUCUGGGAGAGGAGCCAGCUGUGGAUGAAAAGAAAAGUAUCACGAAUGGUGAAACCACCAAGAAAACAGCAGAGAUUGGAAUAUAA